CUAGCUACCUAGGUGUACAAACAUAUAUAUAUAUAUUGAAAUCUAUACAUGCAGAAUCUGAUGGAUCCAUCCAGCUAGGCAGCAUCAGCUUAUAUAUAAAUCCAUCAAUUGGGCAAAGGAUCUUUCAUUUCUUUAUGUAUUUGCAAAAAAAAUCUAAAGAAGAAUAUGGAUCAUAGCAAUAAUUAUUAUGGAGAAGAAGCAUACUUUGGAAAUGGAAAUUCUUCAUCAUCAUCAAGGAAAGGGAAGAAGAGUAAUUCAAAUUCAGAUCAUAAUAAUAAAGCAAGAAAGCAGCCACAAAGAGGACUUGGUGUUGCUCAAUUGGAGAAAAUCAGAUUACAUUCUCAUCAAUUGCAGACCCCUUAUCAUCCACCUCCUCCUAAUUAUUAUAACUACCAUCCAUCUCAUUUCAAUUACAAUGAAGAUCCAAGAGUACAAAUGUCAUACUCACCUAAUUCAUAUGCCUUCCAACCUCACACUACUAUGAUGGGCCUACCUGAAUAUGAAAGAACAAACAACAUCAGAUAUGAGGAUUCUCAGCCAAGGUGGCAACAUGCCAAUGUGAUCGUGGAGAACCAAUCUCAUUCUCAAACAAACAUAACUCAACCUUUUCUAAAUCUAUAUGACUCACAAGACAUAGAUAUGAAGAAGCAUAGGAGUGGUUCUUUGGAUUCUCAAACAAGUGAUACUCAAGAGCUAGAUUUGGAGCUCAGAUUAUCUCUGUAUUAAUUGAUUGAUUCUCAUAUUUAACGGUUAAUUCUAUUUACAAUAUCAACACCAAUCUGUAGUUGGUUGGACUGUUUAAUUUGCAAUAUACAAAUCGAGCAGUGCAAACGCUAUUUCAUUCGUGCAGUUCUAAUAAUUGGUAUUUUUAUUGAGAGUUUGGUAACAAAUAGGACCGCGUGAAUUAAGAUACUCAGUAGAAUAUUGAUUGGUUAGUGAUACCGUCAAAGAGAAAAGAGUUACCACCAGACAAUGGCGUAUCCAUGAAUCAAGAUUUUGACUUGAUCUGCAAACUUUAAAUUAAUAACAAAAUUACAUACAUAUUCUAUAAUCGUCCUAUGUGCAAUUUCAUGCUCAGAAACUGUUGAAUAAUCGAAGCAUAUAUCAAACUGUGGUAUCGUUCUUGCCCUGCUGUGUCCCAUAUAUCAAACUUCACAGUGGCUUCAUUUAAAGACAAAACCUGUGUGAAGAACGAACG